CCCCACACGUCCAUCGUUCCCCCUCUUCCCCCAAACCCACCCGCUCCCCCCGCCCUCGCGUUCCUCGUGCGCGGCAGCCAUGGCCACCGGCGGCGACCGCGCGGCGGAGGAGCUCGUGUCCGUCGAGAUGCCCGCGCCCGACGGAUGGGCCAAGAAGUUUACUCCCCAGAGCAGGGGAAGAUCUGAGAUUGUUUUUAUUUCACCAACUGGAGAGGAAAUUAAGAACAAGAAGCAGCUGAACAGCUAUCUGAAGGCAAACCCUGGAGGCCCCACUUCAUCGGAGUUUGACUGGUCAACUGGUGAUACCCCAAGGCGUUCUGCUCGGAUUAGCGAGAAAGUGAAGAUAUUUGAUAGCCCUGAGGGUGAAAAGAUACCAAAGCGUACUAGGAACUCAAGUGGCAGAAAGGGGAAGCAAGAGAAAAAGGAGGAUCCUGAAACUGAAGAAGGCAAAGAAACUGAGGCUGGCAAGGAGGCCCCCAGUGAAGCAAAGGGCACUGAUGUGGAGAUGACGGUUGCUGAGGCGAUUGAAGCUGCAAAGAGCACUGAUGUUGAGAUGAAGCCUGCCGAAACAAAUGAUGUGGAGAUGAAAGUUGAUGAAGAGGUGAAAGCUGCUCCUAGUGAAGAUGCAGGGAAGACCGAGGACUCCACUCCAGCUCCCGCAGAACACAAGGAAGAUGUCAAACUAGCUGAGCCUGAUGCCGCUCCUGCACCAGGGGGGGAAGACAAGCAGGAAGAUGUCAAUGCAGCUGAGUCUGAUGUCACUCCGGCACCAGCGGCGGAAGAUGUCAAACAAGCUGAAUCUGAUGCCCCUCCAGCACCAACAGUGGAAGACAAGAAGGAAGAUGUCAAGCCAGCUGAGGCCGAUGCCCCUCCAGCACCAGUGGUGGAAGAUAUCAAGCCAGCUGAGGCCGAUGCCCCUCCGGCACCAGUGGUGGAAGAUAUCAAGCCAGCUGGGGCCGAUGCCCCUCCGGCACCAGUGGUGGAAGAUAUCAAGCCAGCCGGGGCCGAUGCCCCUCCGGCACCAGUGGUUGAAGACAAGGAAGAUGUCAAGCCAGCUGAAGCUGAUGCCGUUCCGUCUCCAGCAAUGGAAGACAAGAAGGAAGAUGUUAAGCCAUCCGAGGCUGAUGCUGCUCCUCAGGUAAGUUUGGAGGAGGUGAAGACACAGGAAGCUCCUCCGGUGAAUUUUGAGGAGGAAGUAGCGCCUCCGGCAAGCAAACCAACUGAGAACUCAGUUGCUGCGCCUGGCGAGCCUGCUAUUGCUCCUGCUACAGUAUCUGAAACCAAAUCAGAUGCCGCCGCAGUAGACAGCCAACCCGGCGCGGCCCCCAAUGAGUCGCCAUCCGCCGUCAACAACGGGCAGCUGUCGCCUGGCGCCUCGACGGUGAAGUGCACCUGAAGCAGCUCCCUCCCUCCUCUGUGCCGCCGUCUCCUAGGACCAUUCAACAUUCGCAUUGUAAUCAAUCAGUCUCUGGUAAGCAUGUUAAUUUAGCCAGUCUGACGUUACUGGAUGAUGAGACCCGGUAAAGUAGGCCCUGCAUUUAGUUACAUUUUGUAUGGCCGGCGUUGGUCACCGUGCCCGGCGCCACAUACAUGUACCCCACACUACCAUAUCGUCUGUUUAUCUAACUUGUUAAUGUUAGGGACAUAUAUACCGUUGUCUGUGUGUAUCAUGUAGCCGUGGUGUAUUGUGUUGUGAGACCUGAAUACCCUCUGUAUGUUUCUGUUUAUCUUGAAUGAAUAAUGAUGAGGGCUUCUGUUGUA